CUGAGGCUCCUCCAGGAAGGUUUUAUACAUAGAGCCAGUGUCACCCGAAUGAUUCCUUUUGUGCAGUGCACUGGAUUGCAGACAGCUGAUAUCGAUGAGUGUGCCUUAAAGAUCCACACCUGUUGGAAUGAUUCAGCCUGUGUGAACCUGGCAGGAGGGUUUGACUGCCUUUGUCCAUCCGGGCCGUCUUGCACUGGAGACUGUCCCCAUGAAGGUGGCUUCAAGAGGAACGGGCAGGUGUGGACCCUGAGAGAGGACAGAUGCUCCGUUUGCUCCUGCAAGGACGGGAGGAUUUUCUGCCGGAGAACAGCCUGUGACUGCAGGAACCCCAGCGCCGACCUCUUCUGCUGCCCGGAGUGCGACACUCGCGUCACCAGCCAGUGCCUCGACCAGACGGGGCACAAGCUCUACCGCAGCGGGGACAACUGGACCUACAGCUGCCAGCAGUGCCGUUGCCUGGACGGAGAGGUGGAUUGUUGGCCUCUUCAGUGCCCGACCCUGAACUGCGAGUACACAGCCAUCUCAGAAGGAGACUGCUGUCCUCACUGUGUCAGUGACCCCUGUCUGGCUGACAACAUAUCCUAUGACAUCAGGAAAACCUGUCCAGAUGGUUAUGGAAUCACAAGGCUUAGCGGUGCUGUGUGGACAAUGGUGGGAUCUCCUUGUACAACCUGCAAAUGCAAGAACGGGAAUGUCUGCUGCUCGGUGGAUUUAGAGUGUCUCAACAACAACUGACCUGGGCAGAGUGGACUGUACCAAGGGAGGAAAACUGCUGGAGUUACCACCUGAAGGAAGCUGUGUGCAUUGGCAUUUUAUACAACGGACAAUUAGCCAAGUCUCCGAAAGAGGAAGAUGUUUGGGAGUUGCCUUUGGGAGCUGUCACUAUGCUCAUCCUUGCUAGCCUUGUCCGGGUGACUUCCAGCACAGCAUAUAGAAAUCAAUGGUUGCUACAAGUUUUCAGUGUUGUAAAUUACACCCCUUUCCUGUCAAGAAAUUUGCAAAUAUGUUUAAGUUAUUUCAUGGGUAAACUAAUGCAGUAUUUUUUGUUUUAAUUUGUGUAUUGACAACAUUGAUAGAAUUCAGCUCUUCUUAUUUUGAAUCUAGAUUUUACAAAUAAGACAGCCUGUUGUGAUUUUGUCCCAUGAUAUCACAUACUUGGUUCCAAGGUCCCUGUUAGAUGUAUUUAUGAAAAUAUGUAUGUAUGUACAGUCAGAUUGCAUAAUACUUAUAUUUCACAGCUGUCCAACAUUUUAAAGCAUUCAAAGGUAUGGACAGAAUGAAAGUAAUCAAAAUAAGUCUGUCUUAAACUAUAAAAUUAAAUGCCAUGAACUGAAUGAAAUGGCAGAAUAAGCACUUUCUUCUUCAAAAAUGCAGAGCAGCAACAAGACUUCUAUGGUGAGAAAUGGAACUAAAACCCCAUCCCCCUGCCAAUUCAACACAUAUUCAAGGAGGAAUCACCAGUCAUUAGUAUAAUUCCUCUGGAUUAUACAGUGCUAAAACUGUCAGAGACCCUUAAGAUUAUAUAGUUUGAGUAGGUUAGAAUUUGCUUGCAUUUGUAACAUCAUUGAUGAGUUCAGAAUUUUUCCUUUUUUGUGUUUAAGGUAAUAAUGAUGUCUGUCAUCCUGUGACUGCUGCCAUAGUGACAAAGUGCAGAGGCACCUGUUCCAGCAACAGGAGACCUUAAUGCUUGGUAGCUUCCAUUACCAACAGCUCAGAAACAGAUUUUAUCUUCUCAUGUUUUAUGACAUUCAAAAAUACUUGAAUUUACUGUGUUGUUGGGGACUUAAGUUUAGACAGGAAUUUAAAUCAAGACUCUUAGCCCUAUAUGGAGGUUAGAUCUUAAAUUCUCUUCAAGUAAUGUCUGGUUUUUUCCACAGGCUAGAAAGUAUUAGAACAAGAAUAUAUUUCUAUGGCGAUGCAUCUACAGCUUAAAUGUCACAUUUUUAAUGUGCUGUUGUGUUUUGUUCUGCUCAUUUGUGUAGUGUCUUUUUCUCUUUUUGUUUAUUUAAUUAAACACACUGAAUAUAUGGAAAAGAUUGCAGAAAUAACUAUAGUGGCUACAGUUUGGAAAGUCUACAUUUGUGAGUUUUUCAUAGUUUCAUGAAGAAAAUGUGAAACUGAUCAGUAAGAAAGAAGUGUGAGUAUACAGUGAAAAUAUUAGUUGUUAAAUGAAGUACUAUUACAUUUAUAAGGGGACAGUGGCAAAGAAUAUAAAAUUACUUUCAGUCAUUCAGAUAACUUUAUUCCAAUUUUUUUCACCAGGUUUUGUUUUAGUUAACAGCUUUGUGUCGUAAAGUUAAAUUUAUUUUCAUAAAAGGCCCCAUCAUUUUCAGCUAAUAAUGAAUUGAGACUAUUUGCAUUGCCCUGAUGAUUGUAUAAAAAGGGAAAGAGUUGUGUUUUAUAUGAUACUCAAAGGAUGUUUGUAAAUCAUAAUGUCAGCUCAUUUUGUAUAUCACAUUGUAAAACCCAAUGGUAAUUCAGUUGGAUAAGAUACCCAGUGGGCUGAGAUAUGAAGGGGAAUGAUUUAAAAUCUGUGGGCAUCUAAAUAAACUCCUAUGUACAGAUUGCUUUCCCUUAGUUUUAUUAGCAGGAUUCUUAAAUACUGAUCAAUGUCCUUUCCAGCCUGAGCUCAUGAUAUUGCACAAAAGGGGGAAAAAGUGUUUGCCCAGAGGUACAGCCUCAGAGUGGUAAGAAAUAUGUCAUUUAUACUCAGGCAGAAUCAUAUAUUCCACUCUGUCAUAUUGAAUUUCUGAAGCUCUGUAAAUGGAUUAAAGACAGUGCAGUCUCUGAAAAUCAUUCUUUUCCCUUUUACCUUGUAGUAGUGAAGCCCUUUCCCAGGAUGCUUGUGGAAGCUCCAGAUCUCAUUAGGAUCAUAUUUAGCAGGACCACAGAAGUUCACACUUUUCCACUGCAGACCAAUUUUCUUCCAGAGCUCAAAUGCAAAUUAAUUCAGUAAAACUGUUUCAGAGCAUUUUAUACAGCAUUAUGUGUCAUUACCUCCAGAGUGAUGCAGCUUGAAUUGUUUACACAAAGUCAAAAUAUUGACACAGACAUGUUUAUGUUGCAUUUUAAGCAGUUGCCCUGACUGUGAUGAACUUUCCCUCAUGAAGUAAUUUGAUCACUAGUCACAUCACAUGUAUCUUCAGAGCACUCAGAAGCCCCAACCCCAGCUCAAAGAGCACAUUAUGAAGGAAAACUUAAUUCCCGGUGUCCCAUGUGACCAAGGCUGUCAUUCCAAGAUAGAGGAUGAACCUGGCCUGUGAUGAAUUGCAAAGGAUUUGGAUAAAGCGUGAAUGUUCAUCUUCAUGGACAGGAUUUCUUCUCUACAGGAAAUGUAGUCCAGGGAUGUGUAGGUCGCAGAGGAUCCACCUUGUGACACUGAUACUUUACAGACCUUUAUUCUCAUUGCUGCAUCCAUUUCUGCCUUGAGGCAGUGAAGAGGGCUCCUGUUUGCUCUGCAUCCCUGCACAGUUUCACUAAAAUUGAAUCAUCUCCAAUGUAUCUGCUAAACCCUGGCUAAAGACAAGAAGAUUUGAACACAGCAAGAACUCCAUAAUGAAAUACCCAGGGGAGCCAUGCAUGCACUUGUGAAGGGAAGAAGCUGAGACUAAACACCUACCUGCACCUACCUGGUCAGCAGGAGAUCAGAAGUUAUGCUCAGCUCCCAGCAACCUACCUGUCGGCAUGGAAUGUUGCUGUAAAAUCCAUGAAGUUAUGCUGCCUUCGCAGUGAAGCCUCCAGCCAGAUGAGAUUUGUAUGUGUGAGGAGUUUGUGCUGGGUGGAAAUACCUGAAAUACUGCAGUUACCUGUUUGUUGAAGAACAAGCAUCCACAAAUAAAUGUAAUUUUGAAUUGUCCCAUUGACUGCCCAACACCACAAAAUAAAACAGUCUCUUUCCUGCUGA